AUGGCGAGCAACAAGCAGCAGUAUGAAGCAGAUGGAGAUGUGGUGAUGCAGUCGCCACACCAACCAGUAUUCGAGUUCAUUAAGGCACCUUGGCUCGAAGAUUGGAGUCACGACGCGCUGGUCAAGUGGAAACAAGCACGUGACCAGUACGAGGAGACCAUCCGGCUGCGUUGUUUUGAGAGCAAGGAGCGUCCCGAAACCGCGAUGAAACCUGUGAAGUCGUCAAUACACCGGAAGUUACUGGAGGUGAUAUGUCUCUAUGAACUACGGAAAGCGGUUGACGAUGUCACAAAUUCCUGA